AUGUCAGAACGGAAGCGAUGUUUGAGCGAUGGAGAAAUAGAAGAUUCCGAUUCUGAAUCAGUUCCGGCUCCUAAGCGGACGUUGAGCUCAGCGAUUGACUACUCAAAUGAUUACUCGCCCCGUUCACCAUCACCAAAUGCUCCAUCUCUUCCAAAUUCUCCUCCGCUAUCUCCCAGACGACCAAAACCUCAAAAAGUCAAGAAAAGUUCUGUAGAAGUUCCCGAGAAGUUUUUGGAUUCAGUUCAUCGCAGAAUACACGAAUUACAGCAGGAGACAGAAUGCAAUGUUUAUAUAUCCACUCAAAUCACUGGAUGGACGAGAACUGUCUAUUUGGAAGGGUUUCAGGAAGACAUCGAAUAUGCCAGAGAUCGAAUCGAGGAAAUCGUCAUGUCAUCCGAUGGUUUUGAGCAUCAAAUCGCCACGAAACACUUGAAAUUUGGAGAUGGCCUCUCACCCCGUUCUCCAUCACCCAUUCGUUCUUCUAAAAAUGUUCAAUACUCUCCAUUAGCUACCCCGACUGUUACCCCGGAGAAAGAAGUGUCAGUUGAGAUUCCAGCUACACAAUAUCAAUGUUAUUUGGCAACUGGAAAAUGUGGAGCAACGGUUAGGAAGUUGGAGAUAGAAACAAAAUGCUCAAUUCUGAUUCAAGACGAAGAGGAGACUAUCAGAAUAUCUGGAUUGGAGGAGAAUGUUGAGAGAGCCAAGAAGCUUGUUAAUGAGAUCAUUGCUCCUGUUUCUCCAAAACGAGAAAUCACGAUUCCAUCGGGUUUAGAAUUUGGAAGUACAAAGCGAGAGCAAACUAUUGAUAUUUUGAAGAGAAACGGAGUUAACUGGAAUAUUCCAGAUGCUGCCGCAGAGAAAUUAGUGAUGAAACUGUCUGGAAAUGAGGAGAAUGUUGAAAAGGCAAUGAAGGAAAUAGAGGAAUUAAAAAAGAAUUUGGAGUACGAGAUGUUGAUUCAUACCACAAAAGUGUCAAGAGUUAUUGGAAAGAACGGAGAGACGAUUCAAUCGAUCAGAGAGAAGAGUGGAGCAGUAUGUCAUUUCGAUAGGAAAACUCGUGACAACCCAAGAUUAUCUCUGAAAACGAUGAUUAUCAAAGGAUCUGAGUCACAGAUUGAGACAGCGAAACAGAUGAUUCAGGAGUUGAUUGAUUUGGCUAAAUAUUAUCUGGACGUUCCAUUCCGUAUAUACGAUAAUGUUAUUGGUGAGAAUGAAGAGAAUAUUAAAAAGAUCUCGGAAGUUAGUGGCGCUAAGUGUUGGAUAGACAAACAGGCGAUUCAACAAAAGAAGAGAGUUCGAAUUGUUGGAACAAGUGAACAAGUUGAACACGCAAAAAGACUGUUUUUGGAUUUAAUUAACACGGAAAAGGGAAUCAAAGACAAUACCUACACCAUGUUGAUCCCUAUCCCCGCAUUUGAACAAAUCACGGAACUCGGUUUUCGAUCCAUCGGCCGACAAUCUGGCGCUAAGAUUCAUUACAAUUCGAAAACUGCCGGGGAAGCGGUGAAGAAGAUUACGAUUAGUGGAGAAAAGGAACAAGUCGAAUCGGCGAAACGGUUGAUACAAGAAGCCGUGAAUAAUGUGUGGAAUAACUAUUCUCGAAUCUCUCAAAAUUAUCCAUUACCUCGAAACCCUGAUUCCCCAUCCACUCCCCACUAUAUUCCUGUUCUACCUGUUCCCCAUAAUCCAUAUGCUCUGAAUUAG